AUGUCUCUGAAACCAGACAUUGUCAAGAAGAAAAAAAUUUAUACGUCAAAACUGUCGGACCGACGCCUCGCUGGAGGGAAAAGGCCAGAGGUUUACCUCCACAGCACCAAGUCAACAGGAAGACAUUUGCAACAGACAGAGAAUUGGAAUCCUAAGCAUUUUCGUCUCUUUGUUGGAAACUUGGGUCCCGAGGCUACAGAUGAGAUGCUUCACGGUGCAUUUUCCCGUUACCAGAGUGUCAGCAAGGUGAAUGUGCCUGUUGAUCCAAAAACAAAAAAGAAUAGAGGCUAUGGGUUUGUUGCGUUUGCUAGCUCCGAAGAUUAUUUGAAGGCAUUCAAGGAAAUGAAUGGAAAGUAUGUUGGUCAACGACCGGUUCAGUUAAAACGUGCAGAGUCGAAGGUGAAGGGGAAAUAG